AAAUACACUAAACUCCUUUUCCCUUUUUUUUUUUGCGAGCCUCCCUUUUUGCUUUUUCUUCUUCUUUCUUUCACUUGUUCACUCAAACUCUUUGUCAAAAAGCUCUCUUUUCUACUUAUUUCUUUGUUUCAACGUAACCUGACUUGCGAACCCGCGAAAAGAACAACAAAAAACAGAAUAUGGGUGCUCAAGCGGUAGAUUACCGUGUUUCAAGGGUCGUAGUCUGUUGUAAAGACUGUGGUCAAGAUGUUGGCCUCUAUCCUGCUCGGCACAAGUGUCAAGAUGUCGUUCGUCCACCAUUGCCACCAUUACCAACAAAGUUUAGUGCCACUACGAGUAGCCACGACGAUAACUUACGAGUGCCUCGAAAACCCGUACCUUCAUACGACAGUGAAAGUCGAUCCAGACCUACAUCCGCUGCUUCAUCCACCUCGAGCAGUACAUUCAACCAGCAUGCCCCCUCUGACACUUCCUCGGCAACUUCUACCGGCAGCAAAUGGUCCCGAUUUGUUCGGUCACCAAGUAACAAUAACAUGAAGAAUGGCAAUAGUGGCCAAGGCGACAAUGAUGACGAUUCGUUUUAUUACAAUAACUUUGCUGCUCAUCUUCCCGAAACCUCGAGCGAUUCUUCCUCGCCACAGCAGUCUGGCAAAAAGUUAUGGGGAAAAGUACGACAGAAUGAAAAGUGGAAGCAGCUGAACGAGAAAUGUAAGUACAGUUUGCGUGUGUAGUUGUGGAUGGUGGGAUGAUACCAUCCCACACCUCCUCUCUUUCUUUCUCCUGUCUAUCAUUUCAGGCACCAGAACUUUAUUUCUCAUUGACUGGACUGGAUUGGAAUUGGUUGUAUUAGACGAGAAGCCCAAACAAAGUGCAAAGUUAUGGGGAAAGCUGGUGCAAGCAACGCAAAACAUGGCGGACAAGAUACCCUCGCGUGAUGAUCGUGGCCCUGAGUCGGAUGAGUCUGAUUGGGA